UAAGGACGUGGUUAGUUCCGGUGAAAAGUGGUUUUCGCUGCUUUAAGGCAGUCGAUUUUAGAGAAGGAUAAAUCAUGUUAUAACUAACUGCUGUAUAAAUUUUACGAUUAGAUGAAUUCAUUUAUUGAUACCAUGAGAACUUUUCCCCUCUGGGGGUUCUGCGCUGUAAGGCCUUCUCUCGCUGUCGGGCUCACCAUUGACUGAAGACACAAUGCAGGCCUAGCUAGCAUUUAAGGUUAAGUAGCGGAAGCUAAUCGGAUUGGCAGCAGACUGCAGUGGGAUUUAAACCUCGGACGAAGCCUGUGUUUCCAAGCUGUCCUAACAUCAAAUCCGCUAUGAGUUCCCAGCAGCUGCAGGUGUUCUCCCCUCCGUCAAUCUCCUCCAGUGCCUUUUGCCGCGUCAAGAAGCUCAAGGUGGAAAGCAACGUUUGGGACGUGUCCACCACUGAGGCUUACGGAUCCAUAGCGGGCCAGUCCGCAUACACAUUCACCCCAGCCAUGGCUGUGCCACCAUUUGCGCCAUCUCUGGUCUUCCCCCCUACAGCGCCCGGCUCCAGGGGUCAAGUGGUGGUGCGAGCAGCUGAUAGCACCGGCAGUCUUCCUCGUGGAUCCAGUCGACGCGUCACUGAGCAGGCUACAUCCUCCUCUUAUGCUCACGAGACGUCCUCUGAAACUAGGGGGCACAGGCAUGGGCAGAAGAGAAAGAUGGAGGCGGCCAGCGACUGUAGCGGAAGCGGAUGUGGAAGCGUCCAGAUAUUAGAAGAGCUCUCAGCUCCUGCGGCAACUUACUCCACGCGUACAGGCGGCGGUGGAGGCGGGGGCACAGGCCAGUCCAUACCUCACUCUGCUCCAACCACCAAGAGCAGCAGCUCCAAUGGUGAAGGGGAUUAUCAGCUUGUGCAGCAUGAGAUCCUCUGCUCCGUGUCCAGCGGCUAUGAAGUGCUGGAGUUCCUGGGGAGGGGCACAUUUGGACAAGUGGCUAAGUGCUGGAAGAGGGGAACCAAUGAGAUUGUAGCAAUCAAAAUUCUGAAAAACCACCCUUCAUAUGCUCGGCAGGGCCAAAUUGAGGUGGGCAUUCUGAACCGGCUAAGUGCAGAGAACGCAGAUGAGUACAACUUUGUGCGUUCGUACGAAUGCUUCCAACACAAGGGUCACACCUGCUUGGUUUUUGAGAUGCUUGAACAGAACUUGUACGACUUUCUCAAGCAGAGCAAGUUCAGCCCACUUCCCCUACGGCACAUCCGCCCCAUUUUGCAGCAGGUGGCUACAGCACUAAUGAAACUGAAGAGCCUGGGUUUAAUUCAUGCAGACUUGAAGCCUGAAAACAUCAUGUUGGUGGACCCCAUUAGACAGCCCUACAGGGUGAAGGUCAUCGACUUCGGCUCUGCAAGUCAUGUGUCCAAAGCAGUGUGCUCAACCUACUUACAGUCCCGUUACUACAGAGCUCCAGAGAUCAUUUUGGGGCUGCCCUUCUGUGAGGCCAUUGACAUGUGGUCUCUAGGGUGUGUGAUUGCAGAGCUGUUUCUGGGUUGGCCUUUGUACCCUGGAGCCUCUGAGUAUGACCAGAUCCGUUACAUUUCCCAGACUCAAGGCCUACCUGCUGAGUAUCUUCUGAGUGCCGGCACAAAGACUAGCCGCUUCUUCAAUCGAGGCCCUGACUCUAGCUACCCGCUCUGGAGGCUUAAGACCCCGUCAGAACAUGAAAUGGAGAUGGGCAUCAAAUCUAAGGAGGCUAGAAAGUACAUCUUUAACUGUCUGGAUGACAUGAUGCAGGUCAACCUUUCCUCUCACUUGGAGGGAACUGACAUGUUGGCUGAGAAAGCUGACAGGAGAGAGUUUAUAGACCUCCUGAAGCGAAUGCUUCGUCUGGAUGCUGACAAAAGGAUCACACCUACAAAAACUCUGGGUCACCCCUUUGUCACGAUGAGCCACCUCAUGGACUAUCCCCAUAGCUCCCAUGUGAAGUCGUGCUUCCAGAAUAUGGAGAUCUGCAAGCGCCGGAGCUCCUAUGAAAGCAGCAAAUCCCUCUACUCGACCAAUGCAGUCCCCAGUGCUGCAGCGGGCAACCUCACCGUGACCUUCAGUAGCCAACUAAACCAGCAUAACCAGGUGCCUUCUGCAGCGGGUGCGGUGCCUUUGCUGAACUACCAGCCAGCUUUGUACCAGCAAGCGACCAUCAACAUUCCCGGGCUGACUCAGCAGAGUGUCCCGAUCCCAACGCGUCCUGCUGGGCUGUGUAGCCAGACGGAACCCUUCCAGCAGACACUCAUCGUCUGUCCACCCUCCACUAUCCAAGGGCUGCAGUCAUCCAGUAAGAGUUCCAGUUUCCCGGUGAGGGUGGAGAACUCUGUACCGAUAGUACCUCAGAACCAGUCUACUCAGUCCUUGCAGAUACAGCCAAGUAUGCUGACACAGGGUUCCUGCACACCCCUGAUGGUGGCCACCCUGCACCCACCCCCAGCAGGCCUAGCCCCGCAGUAUUCUCUGCCCCUUGGGCUGGGCACUGGGGUGGGUCGGCCUACCCUCCUGGAACACACAGCCACAGUGCUGCAGGCCUGGCCCACUGGUACCCAACAGAUCCUCAUACCAUCAUCAUGGCAGCAGGUCCCAGGCGUAGCCAUCCACGGCUCUGCCCAUCAGUCAAAUGUCACCGAAUCACCUGUGGAAACGAUUCCCUCAGAUGCUGCCACGCAGCAGGGACACAGCUGGCGGAGCAUUACCAAGACUCAGCAGGAGAGGAAGAAGGUGAAAGCCAGACGUGGAGAGAACAGGAACAGGGGUGUAUCUACUGCAUCAGUGGUCAGUAGUGGCGUGACUCCACCCAGCUCCAGCGCAGCCUUGUCACAGCCGAUCGUGAUCUCGGACACGCCGAGCCCAGCGGUCAGCAUCAUUACGAUUCACAGUGACACAGACACGGAGGAUGAGCAUAAGUUCCACCCUGCUAGUCUUGAACUGAGCCAGCGCACCAACGUUAUCAGCUGUGUGACCGUACACGACUCGGACUCCUCUACCGCCAGCCCCCUGACUCCCCUUCCACGCACUCUUAACCCAGCAAGCACUAUGUCAUCUCGCCAGGCCAAGUCUCUGGCAGUAGUGGCACCUUCAGUCAAAACACAGGCAUCUGAGAGAGGAGCAGAGUCCCGAGGACGCUUGGAGACUGUGAAUUACAUCAAGCCCAAGAGAUCCUCUAACAGACAGCCGUGCAGUUCAGGGGAAAGUGUGGAGCGCCAUGGACUGGUGCCAAGCCAGUCGCACCCUUUAAACCUCAGCCAGGUUCACACAGUAGUUUCUUCAUCUCAGGAGCGUUCGGGGCUCUCCCACAGCGACUCAUCAUUACGUCGCCAGCAGACGUUCCACCAGGCUGUCUCAGCCUCUCACUACAGCUUCCCCGAGGUGGUAGCCCUGGCGUCCGGCUCGGCCGCUGCUGCCGCCCCCCCCAGCCUAUAUACCUACCCGGCCUCUACUGCCCUCUCCUCAGCCUCUCAGGCCACGGAGCAGCUGCUGGGCCGUGGUCACAGCACCCACGGACACUCCCCCUCCGCUUAUGCAGCAACGUACACCUCAUCCUCCUCCAGGAGAGACUCGGCCAGUCGCAAGGACUCGCUGUUUUAUCUCGAGGUUAUCUGUGAAGAGAGAUUUUCCUCCUGUCACAAGCUGCAACGAAACUUGAGGAGCUUCAAGACGCUGACUUGCCAGACUGAUGAAGCUGACAGUUUUUAGUUUUAUUUUAGUUUUUUUUUUUCUCUUGUUCCUUCCUGUGAACCUUAUUAUAAAGUUUUCACACUAAUCCACUGAGGCCCUGUGUUUUUAGUGAUAUAAUAAUGACUGUACCUUACUUAUGUUUGUUUACUCAUAUAUGUCUUCUGUUUAUUAAAUUAAGUUUUAAUGUCUGUGCAAGGUAGGAAGAGCGAGGUCCACGAAGAUGUGGACUAAAAGAAGAGAUACGGUGAAAACUGAUGGAUAUGUGUUAAUUUAAGUGCACAUGUGAUAGUCUGUUAAUGUAGUGACAGUGUUUUUUAGCCAGGAUUGAUUGUCCUUAUGCAAUAGAAUCUCUUUUAAAAACAACAACAAAAAAAACCUACAAUAACUGAGUGCUGAAUGUAUUUAUGAAAUUCAGAGUGGAUGCCCAGUCUGAGAAAUGAUGUGAAAAACUGUUUUUAAAUUGUAAGAGCGGGGAAAUCAAAUGUCCUUGAAAUAAAUAUUUUUUAAAAAAAACCUCACAUGGGCUGGGGAGAGGGGGGAAGAUGAAACACACAAAUUUCACCCCAAAUUCCCACGCCUCUCCAUAACAAAGGAGAUUUUCCUUUUUUCUCCCUGUGACGCUCUGAAAAUGCUUGCUAGGAAGUUGUAACAAACUUGCACACUGUGCUACACAAGGACUGACUGAUUAAAUGUAUGCAAACUGUCUCAGUUUAGCGUUCUCAUGAAUUAUCCCGUGUAUCAAAGAGAUCUUUAUACUGCUAUGUCUCGCCCAGAGGUGCAGCUGUCCUUUACAUGUACAGCUUACUUCGUCUCAGAAAGGUUUUCUAUACUAAAGUUUGGAGAACAGCAGUCACUGUGUUUUUGAAUUUUUAAAGGAGGUGAAUCUUUGGUUUCUUUGGAUUAUCAGCUUUUUUUUUUCCCCCCCAAAGUAAUUCCUUUCCCCUUGUUUGCAUCAGUUUUGUGUUGUAACGUCUGUGUUUAAUCCUAACAUAGUAAAGAGGCUGUUAGAUCUAAUUCAGGGACAAAGGUUUCAGCUAAGUAAUCCAAUUUCAUUGUUUUCCAAUAAAAUAACCUCAAAUUCA